AAAGAGAUCUAAAUAAUGACUUCAAAUUUUAGUUUUCCAUCUACUUGUAUGUUAAUAGGAUUUUAAUGUAUAAUGAUGAUAGAAGUUGGAUGAACCACCAUAGAUAGUUAGAUGAAUAUGAACAAGGAGUUAAAUAUUUUCUUAAUAAGGCCUUUGAACGAGCUUCUAAAGAAAAUGAAAUAUUAUGCCCUUGUAAAAAGUGCAUGAACCGCUAUUGGCAUUAUAGAGAAGUCGUGGAAGAUCACAUAUAUGAUGAAGGGUUUGUUGAUGGUUACACCAAAUGGAUUUUUCAUGAAGAAGGAAUUUCCUCGAUAAAUACACCUUACUCAAUCAACAAUGAUAAAUGUUCUAAUUUGCAUAAUGAUAUUGAUGGAUUGCUUUAUGAUACAUUUAUAAAUGUUGAUGAUAAUUUAGGGGAUGAAGGAGCGGGAGAGGGAUUACUCGACGAUGCAAAGAAAAUUUUUAAACUAUUAGAGGAAGGGAAGAAACAAUUAUAUCAGGGAUCUGUUGAAGGAGGCAUUUCUCUUGCUCAGCUGCCAGAGUCUUUCAACAAAGCUAGAAAGAUGGAAAAGUGUUGGUCAUGCCUCAGCUAAUGCAAGUUCAAAAAUUCUUACAAAAGUUUUAAGG